GUGGCUUUGUGGAUUCAACGGGAGGAAAACGAUUUUGUUGGAUUUGACCAAGUAGCCGCUGCUGCUGCUAUUUUCGUUCGCUUCCCUACCAAAUGGGCAGCCUUGCUGCUGCUUCUUCGUCAUUUCCUUCUUCCUUCUCGUCCUCCUGCUUAUCCCACGGACCCAAAUCCAUGACCUUUGUUCUUCCUCGGGACUUGGCGUCUGACGGGACCAGUUAUGGGGAACUGCUUCAAAAAACCAGCUAAGUGUGCCCAUGCUUCUUCUACCAAUUUUUCCGGAAGUACAAAGCCUGAUUGUAAGGCAAAGCAGGAUUCCUCAACUUCCAGCGAGCAAACAACUUUGGGAAGUUUGAACCCAUCUUCUAUAACAUCCAGUAGUGAUGCAUCUAUUUCCAACAAUCUCAAGUCCUUUAGCUUCAAUGAUCUCAAGAUUGCCACAAAGAAUUUCCGCCCAGAAAGUGUACUUGGAGAGGGCGGGUUUGGGUGCGUCUUCAAAGGAUGGAUUGAUGGGAACACUUUAGCUCCCACUAAACCAGGAACUGGGAUAGUAGUGGCAAUAAAGAGACUCAAGCCUGAAAGCUUUCAAGGCCACAGGGAAUGGCUUGCAGAAGUUAAUUAUCUAGGUCAGCUUCACCAUGAAAACCUUGUGAAACUCAUUGGUUAUUGCUCAGAGUCUGAGAAUAGGCUCCUUGUUUACGAGUUUAUGCCAAAAGGAAGCUUGGAGAAUCAUUUAUUUAGAAAAGGUGUUCAACCUAUUGGUUGGGCUACACGAAUGAAUAUUGCCAUUGGUGUUGCACGAGGGCUGUCCUUCUUACACAGCUUAGAUGCCAAUGUAAUCUACCGUGAUCUAAAGGCUUCCAACAUUCUACUCGAUUCGGAUUUCAACGCAAAGCUUUCAGAUUUUGGCUUAGCAAGGGAUGGGCCAACUGGAGAUAAUACUCAUGUUUCAACCAGAGUAGUGGGAACUCAGGGAUAUGCUGCCCCUGAAUAUGUAGCUACAGGUCACUUGACACCAAAGAGUGAUGUGUACAGCUUCGGCGUCGUUUUAUUAGAGUUAUUAUCAGGAAGACGGGCAAUGGCUGAUGAUAGAGUUGGGUUUGUGGAGGAAACCCUGGUGGAUUGGGCAAAGCCAUUUUUGAGUGACAGCAAACGAGUGUUGAGGAUUAUGGAUACCAGGUUGGGAGGUCAAUAUUCCAAGAAAGGAGCCCAGGCUGCAGCUGCAAUUGCAGUACAAUGCCUUCACACAGAUCCCAAGAACAGGCCUCCCAUGGUUAAUAUUCUAGCCGCCUUAGAACGGCUCCCCACAUCAAAUAUUGUUCCCAGAACCACCCAAGCUUCCGUGGACCAUCAUAGGGUCAAGCAUUUGUCUAACUCCCGCUAGACGGCAAAUGAAUACAGCUCUGUUUGUUAAUGUUUUUUGAGAGUAUUUUUUUUGUUUUUUUAUUUAAAAGAAAUGUUCUGAUGUGAUAUAAAAAUGAAAAUAAUUUCGUGGGUGAUUUGUGUUU